AUGUCGUGGGAUCUGCUACAGAGGUUUCUCGAGUCCGAUGUCUUCAAUUCGAAUCCCUUUCUGUCGGUGUCGUACCUCUCUCGCUACGCCGACCAUGUGGGAAUACACUAUGUGCUCUGCCGCAAGCUGCGGCAGUUCCCCUACGAGGACAUCGAGUUCUUCCUGCCGCAGCUGUGCCAUCUCAUAAUCAGCGUCGACAACGAGUCGAUGGCUCUCGAGGAGUUUCUGCUCGAUCUCUGCGAAGAAUCCGCCACGGCCGCCCUGCUCACCUUCUGGCUGUUUCAGACCUAUCUCCACGACCUCUCGUCGAACCCGCAGACGGGUGCCUUCCAGACCUGUCGACGGGUGUACAACAAGGUCCAGCACAUCGUCUUCGGCAUGGCUGAUACGGCCCGUCGCGAGAAGAUUACGGAGAACGUGCUGCCGGUUACCGUCCUGUCCAGCUUCGUCCUCGCCAGCGCUGCGCUCCCCAUGCUUGCGCAAUGGGCCGGUCCUCUGGCCGUCGCCCAGGCGCGAAAACCGCAGCCGGUGAGGCUGGAGCCGACGACGGACGUGGAUAGCGAUAGCGCACCGAAGCCGAUGAGAGCACAGACCAUGAGCGCUGUCGCCUCCAAGUCGAGGCGGCCCAGGGAAGCGAGGACGUCGAGCGCCUCCAACGUCAACGAUUCGGCCGGGCGGCCGGGCCUAAAGGUGCCCCGGGCCGUCGGCCCAGCCCCGGUUCCAUCCUCCUCGUCAAAGUCCAAGACGGCGGCGGCGGCGCCGAGGAGACCGUCUGCGCUGCAGAUGAGGUUGCUCGAAGCCAGGCACAGCUCGGCAUCCCUUCCGCUGCAGCGCUCGCAUUCGACGACAAGACCGCCGACGCCCGUCACCGCCCGUAUUCCCCGCAGGCCCAGCGACACCAUGGUCCGACGACAUUCCCACAACUCCAAGCUUGUCGCCAACUCGAUGAACGACCUGCCGCUCAUCCAAAAGACGAGGCUCCUGCGGUCGCACUACUUCAGGUCGCAGACGCAGUUCCUCACCGCCCUCGAGGGCAUUUCGAACCGGCUGGUCAUCGUGCCCAAGCCUGCGAGGAUGAGCGCCCUUCGAGCCGAGCUAGCGCUCAUCGGUCGAGACUUGCCGGCCGAGAUCGACAUCCCCGUCAUCUGCCCUCCGACGCUUGUGAACGGAUCUCCCGGCAAGAGCCGACACCACCGCAUCGUCCGGCUGAAUCCUGCCGAGUCGACGGUGCUCAACAGCGCCGAGAAGGUGCCCUACCUCAUGAUGGUCGAAGUCCUCCGCGAGGACUUCAACUUCGACCCCGAAACGCCAGACAACCAGCAGCUCCUCGACACGUUGCCUGGCGCGGGUGGGACGUCACGCCGUCUCUUUGAUCUGUCGUCGGAAAUGCCGAGGAUCAAUCAGCCCAUCAUCCGCACGCCCGAGCCGGUGAUCGAUAGCGUCUUCGAGCCCGUUUCGGGUGACCUCGGGAGCUCACCCCUCCUCACGUCCGACGAUGAGGGGCCGGCGAGGCAGUCCUCUCAGCAGCAGCAGCAGCAGCAGCAGCAGCAGCAGCAGCAGACCGGCCAGCGACAGUCCAGCGGCGGUGCGGCGACGGCCUCCUUGACGACCUUGGAUCCGGCCACGCCCCGAACCUCGAUGGUAAUCUCCAGGCCCGGCAGCCCCUCUGGUAAGCGAAAGGUGCUGGCCGGUCGAAACUCGGCGGCCGAUCAGCCCGACUUUUCCGCCCUCGCGACGCACAUGAGGACGGCCUCGCAGAUGCUGGCGCAGCUCGACGCCACGAGCGGCAAGCGACCGAAGCAGGAGGUGGCGGCCAUCAGGGCCAAGAUCAUCGCGAGCAUGCAAAGCCUCGAGGAGGAGAGCUUCGACGUGGACGAUGAGGGGCCGACUUUCGACACCAUCAUUGCCAAGACGCAGGCGCAGGCGGCCGGCGGUGCUUCCAUGGACAAUCCGGAUCUGGAGGACGACGGACCGCUCGACACGACGCUCAACGCGAGCGCCGGCAGGGAGAGGAUGGAAAACGACAUCAAAACGGGCGGCGUCCAGCGUCGCGGCGAUCGCGACGACCCCAGCGCCGCCGUCUUCGGCGAGGCGUGGGAGGCGAAGAAGGAGCGGAUACGCAAGUCGUCGCCGUACGGCUGGAUGAAGAAUUGGGACCUCGUCAGCGUCAUCGUCAAGACCGGGGCCGACCUGCGACAGGAGGCCUUUGCCUGCCAGCUCAUCGACGUCUGCCACAAGAUCUGGGUGGACGCCGGCGUCGACGUCUGGGUCAAGGUGAUGCGCAUCCUGGUGACGGGAGAAUCGUCGGGCCUCAUCGAGACCAUCACGAACGGCGUGUCGCUCCAUUCGCUGAAGCGAAGCCUGACGCUCGCCUCCGUCGAGUCCGGCCAGAACCCCCGGCAGCGGAUCGCGACGCUCAAGGACCACUUCGUCAAGGCCUUCGGCCAGCCGGAGAGCCAACCGUACCGGGCCGGCGUCGACGCCUUCAAGCGCUCCCUCGCCGCCUACAGCAUCAUCUCGUACGUCCUCCAGCUCAAGGACCGGCACAACGGAAACGUCCUCAUCGACAGCGAGGGCCACAUCAUCCACAUCGACUUUGGAUUCAUGCUCUCCAACUCGCCCGGCUCGGUGGGCUUCGAAGCGGCCCCCUUCAAGCUCACGCACGAGUACGUCGACGUCCUGGGCGGCCUCGGCUCCGCCGACUACGACGACUACAAGAAGAUGUGCAAGCAGGCGUUCCAAGGUAAGCCACUCCCUCGCGCACGACCCGCCACGCCCGGUCCCCGAAGCUCAUCAGCGUCAGCUCUGCGGCGGUCCGCCGACAACAUCAUCGACCUCGUCGCCAUGAUGGGUCGAGAAUCGAACAUGCCCUGCUUCUCGGUCGGCAUCGCCACCGUCACGAGCACGCUGCGGCAGCGCUUCCAGCUGCACCUCAGCGCCGAUGAGGCGGAGCAGUUUGUCGAGACGGAUCUGAUUGCCAAGUCGUUUGGAAGCUACUACACGCGACUGUGA